UUGGACCGCUCCGAGAGAAACAGAGCAAAAAAAAAUAGUUUUAAAUGUCCGCCAUGUUGUCCAUGGCGCACUGAACCACCGAUAGGGAGCGGAGCAUCGGAAAAAAACAGUCCGACAGAGAGCGACCAAGAUCCGGGCCUUUUCUCUCCUCCUCCGCCCUUGCCUGCCUCGCCUGGCUCCGUUGUUGGCGACGCCCUAAAAAAAAAAAUUUUUACUAGCGAGUAGUAGAGACUGAAACCCUGCACAGAAACAUCCAUGAAAGCUCCACUCGUUACCGGGGUGAUUUUUAGGAGAUCGGAUAGAUUUAUAUUGCAUCUCGACUUGUGAGGAAGAGGUGGAAAAAAAUAUAAUAUGAGUAAAUUGUCGUUUCGGGCUCGGGCUCUGGACGCAACCAAGCCACUGCCUGUCUUCCGCUGCGAGGAUUUACCCGACCUGCACGAAUAUGCAUCCAUUAACCGGGCUGUGCCGCAGAUGCCUACGGGGAUGGAGAAAGAAGAGGAAUCGGAACACCAUCUCCAGCGGGCCAUCUCGGCGCAGCAGGUGUAUGGCGAGAAGCGGGACAACAUGGUCAUCCCGGUCCCCGAGGCGGAGAGCAACAUCACCUACUACGACUCCCUCUACCCUGGGGACUACAAGAUGCCAAAGCAGCUAAUUCACAUACAGCCUUUCAGCUUGGACACGGAGCAGCCCGACUACGACCUGGACUCGGACGACGACGCGUUUGUCAACAAGUUGAAAAAGAAGAUGGAGAUCAGCUUCCUGCAGUUUGAGGAGAUGAUUGACCGGCUGGAGAAAGGCAGUGGACAGCAGCUGGUGAGCCUUCCCGAGGCCAAACUGCUUCUGAAGGAGGACGACGAGCUCAUCAAGGAGGUCUUCGACUACUGGAGCCGCAAGAGGAAAAACAGCAAGGCCAACUCGCUCAUCCCCAACGUCAAGCAGGAGAAGCGGGACGGCUCCAGCACCAGUGACCCUUACGUGGCCUUCCGUCGGCGCACGGAGAAGAUGCAAACCAGGAAGAACCGUAAGAACGAUGAGGCGUCCUACGAGAAGAUGCUGAAGCUACGCAGGGAUCUGAGCCGAGCCGUCACCAUCCUGGAAAUGAUCAAGAGGAGGGAGAAGAGCAAGAGAGAGCUGCUACACCUAACGCUGGAGAUCUUUGAGAAGAGAAAUGUCAUGUCGGACUACAGCGGUGAAGUGAUGGCAGAGGUGCUGGCUGAACGGGCGCUGGUGAGGCCACAGAUAAUUCCCCUGGUCCCACUCACGAACGAGUACCGACACCAGGACCACAUGGACCUCAAGGACUACAAGUCCAAGCCCGAGAAGACGGAAGUUCCCCGGCAGAAGAGGAAAUACGAGAAGAAGCAGAAGGUGCUGCCUCUGUCGUCGAGCACCCCCCACCAUCCGGGUCCGGCCGUCUUCAACGCCAAGGACCUCAACCAGUACGACUUCCCCAGUUCAGACGACGAGCCCUUGUCCCAGCUGCACUCAGGCUCAUCAGAAGCAGAGGAGGAGAACGACCCAGAUGGUGCCUACGCUUUCCGCAGGAAGGCAGGCUGCCAGUACUAUGCUGCUCGUCAGGAUCGUGUGGGUAGCUGGCCGUGGUGCGCAGCCUGGGACGACGGUCUGGCCGAAACUCGCUAUCGCUACAGUCUCACUACACUCACCGUGCCGCGGCGCUGCCUGGGAAUGGCUCGACGCCGCGUGGGACGAGGCGGAAGGGUGCUGCUGGACAGAGCGUACACGGACUACGACGAAGUUUUCCACCGACUGGAUCCAGAACUGCUCGACCUGCCUCUUCCACCCUCCCCUCUUCUUCUUCCUCCUACUCCUCCUACAACUACUUCACGCACGCCGGCCACCGACAAGUUUGCCAGUACCUCAGAAACAAAUACCUCGGACGGAAGUUCCCACACCUUCAACUCCUCUCCUCUUUCCUCUUCCUCUCCCUCUUCCACGGACCUCAGUCAGAUACUGUUGAAUAUAAAGUCGUGCCGAUGGAGGCACUUUAGACCACGGACACUACCACUACACGAGCUGGACAAUGCCCACCCUCUAUUCAGGAGGCUGAGCCGAGGCCUGAAGCGGCCGGUCUCUGCCUCCGCAGCUGGAGGACAGCCCUCGCGACGCCCUGGGAGGGUUGUCCCAGCACCCCCACCCAUCGCUGCUUUCACAGCCGAACAGUACCAGCAGCAUCAGGAGCAGCUGGCUCUGAUGCAGAAACAGCAGCUGGAGCAAAUCCAGCUCCAACAGCAAGCCAACAGCACCGCCACUGCCAACAGCACACAGGGCCUGGCGAACACGUUGGACCAGAGCAGCGCACAGUUCGCUGCCUCGGCCGUCGUCACCGCCGACCAACUACUGGCUCUCCAAUCAAAGGAGGAGCUAGGCCUGGGAGGCGGAGUCAAUGGUGUCCUCUCCCCCUCAGGUGUCUACAAGGGCUUGCACCUCUCGAGCACAGUGUCCCCAUCCCCCGCUACCACGGCCCCCUCCACCACCGCCCCGAGCCACGCCUCGCUCCACCCGUGCACCACCACCACCAGCUCCACCAGUAACAACAACGGCACCGCCCACCCCGCCAACACCACUACCACUAACACCGCCACCACUCAGGUCCUGCUGGGGAACAACAACAACAACAACAGCCUCCGUCUGGGCGUCCCCACCGGCAAGCGCGUCCACGCCCCGCGGACGCUGAGCUCCACCAUGUCGACAUCCGCCUUAAAGCUCGCCCACGCAGCCGCCGCAACCGCCAACUGUCAGAAGCCCAAGGUCACCGCGGCAACGGCAUCGCCGCUCGACAUCGUGCCCAGGGAGAAUCAUGAACAAGACAAGCCAGCACUGAACAGUCUAUCAGAGAACACAAUGGCCAUGGAAGUUACGUAGCCUCCUUGAACGCAGCACGGGGGAAACGUAACUCCUCCUUUUUUGUUUUGUUUUGUUUUGUUUUGUUUUGUUUUUUUGUUUUUUUUUUAGGUGCUAUGCAUCGUUUGUUAGUCGUGAAUGCAAGUGGUGGCGGAAUGAGCACGGCAAGGCUGGGUUUCCAUGGCAACUGUUUUGGGACUUAAUUGCAAUGCUCGUCUCGUACAAUUUUUUCCCCCUCCUCCCCUCUCACUCCCCUCUUCUCCCCCCCACUGCCCCC